AUGUUGAUGAGCCGGUCUGCAGAUGUUCUGCAUUCGGUGGAAAUCCCCAGUAUUAAAGAUCAAACCUUCAACCACUGCAGCUUCCAUGACCCCUGCAGUAACAGGGGCGGAGUCUCCCCCUCCUCCUCCUCCACACCCGUGAUCUCGACCAAUCCCAGAGACUCUGGCGCCCUGGUGUCAGUGUCCCGUGUGACGGACGGAGAGCCAAUCAGCAUCUUCCUAGACCCGAACUGCCCGGACUACAGCGAGAGCUUCCUCCGCUGGGAGGCGCUGCAGAGCUCCCUGCUGCACAAGCUGACCAAUCACAACUCAGACAACUGGCAGGACACGGGAUUGGCUCCCCGGCUGGCCGAGGAGCUGAAAGCGCUGGCGGGACACGCCCACCAUCUCAGGCUGGAAGCUGAUUCGCUGAAGAGAGGGCAGGCUGUUCUGGAGCAGCGGCUCGACGAGCUGCAGAGCGAGCAGAGACACAUCAUGCAGUCAGUCUGUCUGCUGACUGCAGUCAGUCUGUCUGCUGACUGCAGGUGUUACCUGUGUUACCUGUCUCCCUGUGUUACCUGUCUUCCUGUGUUAGCUGUCUCCUUGUGUUACCUGUCUCCCUGUGUGUUGUCUGGAGGUCAGUCCGGUGUGUCCAAGCUGUCUGCAGGUUUCACUGACUCUGUGCUCGGCCUGCAGAGGGAGACAGAGAGUCUGAGGAGGCUGACCAUAGAGCUGAAGAAAGACUCCAACAACAGAGCUGUCCAGAGACCCAGAGACUGCAGUGAUGUCAUGGCGUCCGGUGUUUCUGAGGAAGGAGUUUAUUCUGUGUUUCCGAAACACGACCCUGAUGGUUUCAUGGUUUACUGCGACAUGAGCACUGAUGGAGGAGGCUGGACGGUGAUCCAGAGGAGGGAGGACGGCUCGGUGAAUUUCUUCCGUGACUGGAAGGCGUACCGAGAUGGUUUUGGAAAAACUACAGGAGAGCACUGGCUAGGUCUCCAGAGGAUCUACUCUCUGACCAGGUCUGGAGGUUAUGAGUUACGGAUCGACAUGGCUGACUUCGAUAACGCCACGGCCUUCGCUCUCUACGGAGACUUCUCCGUCGGCAGAGACUCGGUCAACCCCGAGGAGGACGGGUACCCACUGGCUGUGGACCAGUACUCCGGGACCGCAGGCGACUCCCUCCUGAAGCAUUCUGGGAUGCAGUUCACCACCAAAGACCGGGACCAGGACCAGUCGGAGAACAACUGCGCGGCGUACUACCAGGGCGCCUGGUGGUACCGGAACUGCCACACCUCUAACCUGAACGGGCAGUACCUGAAGGGAGGCCACGCCUCCUACGCUGAUGGGGUGGAGUGGUCCAGCUGGACCGGCUGGCAGUACUCGCUGCGCUUCACCGAGAUGAAGAUACGACCCAAACAAGGCUCCUGA